AUGAAGGGACUUACUAGGAAUUGGUUGACCUCAUUAGUCUGUAUGUCUGUGCUUGGCCUGAGUGUGUGGGCCGAUAAAUACACAGAAUCAGCUGACAGUGCAUGUGCGAGCUCAGGGAAGGUACUGAUAGCGACGACCAUGCCGGCAACCGAGCAUUUUUCCUGGAGUAAGCAGACACCCCUGAAUGAGGGUGACAGUUGUAAAUGGAUAAUUAGAUCUUCCCUGGAUGCUGGUCAAGUAAAGUUGACUUUUCCAAUACUGAACUUGAUAAAUGCAACAAAACCUAAUGAAGGUGACUGCAUACAAAUUUAUGAUGCAGAUGAAAUAGAGGUUGAACAUUCUGUGGACAUGGUGUGUGGUAAAGUUUCACAGCAGGUGUACACCAGUUCAAACAGUACUAUGUUGGUUGUCUUCAUCCGAGGUGAUUCUGAAGGGAAUGGAAGUUUCACUGUCAUAUAUAGUUCAGAAUCAGGUACCCUCUCAUUGAAGUCAUCACAAAUUCAAGGAACAUCGCCACAGCAGCAGACGUCAUCAUCAUUUACAAGCAGCACAACAACAGUGUCAGCAAGAAGAUUUCAGUUAACAUCUUUACCAACAAAGCCAUCCAAAUCAUCAUCAAGUUUACCACAGCAUAUAUCAGUUUCACAAAUGAAGACAACUCCAAAAUCAGGAAAUACAUCUUCAUCUCAUCCUCAGACACCUUCAGAAGAGUCAGUAGUGGCUCAAAACACAGAAAAGACUAUCCGAAUUGUGGGGAUAAUUGCAGCUGCACUGGCCGGCACAGGUCUCAUUUUUGUGGUCUUCAAAGUCACAAAAUGCUGUAAAUGCCUUAGAAAAAAAGACAGCAGUGGUGCCAGCAAUGCUGGAAGCUCUUCAGGAGAAAGAGUUAGAUUAGCUUACACUGGCCACCAAGAUGGAGGGAAUGGCAGCCAUGUACAUGCCAACAUCCGCGCCGAUAUGUCUCAGCCUCUGUCAGUACCACUAGAUAAUGAUGCAGCGGCUUCAGCUAGUCACCUGGGUGCAACUACUAUUGAAGAUGUUCAUGAAAGUGAUUCAGAUUCACAGCAAGAUUUGGGCGAGCCACCACCGUCAUAUGAAUCUUUAUAUCUCAAUGAGUUAGGGGAAGCAAUAACACCACCAAAGUAUUCACCUCCAGCCCAUCACAGCAGCCACCCUCCGAGAAGAGUCCACACAUUCAACUGA